AUGGCGACGCCACGACCUAGAGGCGGCAGCGACGAGCUGCUUUCGUCGCCAGACCCGCUCAACGACACCGUCUCCUCCGCGCUCUACCCUUCAUCGCGUCGCGUAACUCGAAGUCAGAGAUCACAACGACUCUUUUCCCUCGGUGGCAGUAGCAUUUCGCCUAGAAAGCAAAUGUUCGAGCUCGAGGUUGGAGAUGACCGUCAGCCCAAAAGGCUGCUAGUGACCGUUGAAGCCGAAGGCGAUUACGAGAAUGUCGGCGUCGGGAAUGUUGGGCGCAGACUGUUCAACGCAGAUACACCCACCCUUAGCCGCGGCGCAUUCACAACAACGGUUCCUCUGGCCGGUGAUAGGAAGAACACGGCCGUCAAGACACCCGCGCGGAGGGGUCGACCUCCCAAAUCUGCCGGAACACCAAAGACCGGUACAGCAACGAAGAGGAGGGCCACAGCUUCUCCACGAAAGACACCAAGACAAGCUCGCAGAGUCAAGACCAUUACAGACUCAGAUGGCUUAGAAACCGACAUCACUAUUCAAGGCACACCGAGAUCAACCACCCGCCCAAGACGGGCCACCAGUCGCCAACCGAGCGAAGUCACCCAAGACCUAGCCCCGUCUUCGAUACCCCCCAGCACAACCCGGCGUCGUGGCCGCCCAAAACGCGUCGAAUUUUCCGAUCAACCUGUUGAAACGGUCGAGGACGAUAUUGACCUUGGCGGCGUGGCGCCUUCUGACGACGGUCUCGCAGCGAGCAUGGAAGACAUGGUUGUAGACGAUCCCACGCCGAGACGAGAGCUCCCCGCAAAUCCGAUGCCGGAAUCCGAACCAGAUAUCUGGAUGCAAACAAUGUCGGACCAAGCGACACCACGCGCAUCAACACAAGAAAACCCAAUUGCCCUUAGCCCGACACCAGCUUACAUGCAAGACAAGAGUCCAACACCAUCCGAACAGCUUCAUUCCGAAUCCGAAAACGAACCCGCCUACAAUGAAUAUGACUUUGCGCCAGGCGCACCCAGCGACAUCUCGUCACUGAUUGGCGAUAACGACGGCAAUGACAAACUUCGUGAUCAGGAUACCGUUGCCCAGGGCGAGGAUUUCAGUAUGAUUUUCGCUAACUCCAUUCCCUCCAUGAGAGGCCACAUGAGCAUGCAUGACCUUCGAUCUGAAGAUGUUGGUGAGGAGACUGGCUUGAUCGUCAACCAGACCCUCGAGACUUUGAGGCGAAGCGGGGCCCUGCACAUUGAUGAUGAUGAGGAUGAAAUCGAAAGCAUCUCCACCAAGCAGCCCUCACCGGUACAAGAUCUUCAAGCUCAAGAGGAAGAAGUUCAGUCGCAACAGGAUAUUCAGACGCAUGUGGACUCCGUUGUGGACACCAAUGUUGAAGAAAUCGAUUCUCCGGUCGCUCUUCCAUCGCUCCCUCGUCCGGAUCUCCCACCUCCUUCUCUCACAGCCAAGGAGACGACACCAAGCAGAGGAUACCAGUCACCGGGCCGAGCUAGAAGCAGUCCUCGACGCAAGUCUAUUCCGCUCAGCAGACAGCUCAUGGAGUCCAAGGUCAAGCAGAUGGAUGCGGAGAACUCCAGGCUGGAGGGCUCGAGAAUGGACACCUCGCAGAUUGACAACUCGUUUUCCAGCGUACCCUCGAGGGUUUUAGCUGCAGCGACACCCGGUGCUAAGAGCACCCGGCGGAGCUCAAUGGUGAACGAGGAGAUGUCUGUCAUGUAUGAAGACGAUUUCUCUGAGAUCCCGGAAGCCUACUUGGAUGCUGCUACGCCUGGGAGACCGAAGCUGUCUGAAGUCAACGACCUUGAGACGCAGAACGAGCUCGAGCAAGAGAUUGAGCGAGAGGCCGACAUCACUCAGGCACACGAAGAGACGUUAAUGGACGAGGUACACGAUGAGACCAUUAUGGAUGAAGCACAGGAAGAAACCAUUAUGGACGAGGCACACGAAGAAACCAUGAUGAAUGAGGCACCAGUGGAAGAUCGCGGGGAAGAGGAAGUCGAGGCUGAAGAAGCGGAAGAGGCAGAGGAAGAGGCUCGUAAGAGUUCACCCAAGUCCGCAGCCCCAUCUAUUGCGAGUGUUUCUUACACUCGAUCAGACUCAGCAAGAAUGCCGACACCGGACGACACGCCGUCACCCGCCGAUGUUCCCGUCCCUCAAUCAGACGCCAAGACUAUCGAAGCAGUUCAAAGUUCGCCGACUGCUGCGUAUUCUCAGUUGCCUGAAGAGCCAAGCUCUGAUCUCCCCGUCCCUGACUUGACGGCUAGUCUUCCUGCGGCCUCGAAUGAGUACAUCACGCCCGUUGCCCCUAUCUCGUCCCCGAUCCCAUCGCCCGAUGUCAACCUCCUGGCACCUCGCGCAGCAUCACCGGACAACGGAGCUCGUCCUACGCUAUCUCCUAUUGUUAGGGCUGGACGGGCUCUGCAGAGCGUUACCUCUGAUGCAUCAUCACCUCCUCGCCAAAACUCUCUUGGUAGUCCCUUCAGGCCUACAACAAGCAGCAGCCAGCCUCAGUCUGCCGCCAAAUCGACUCGCAGCUGGACUCAGCCGUUGUCCACCUUGAUCCAGGCUGGAGCUCAAUUCUUUGGUUCCCCAACUCGCACCGCACCGCAGCCUCAGCCUCAACCCCCAGCGCCGCAAUUAUCAGGACAGCCCUUUGACGAUCCAUUUGGCACUGAGAACGACCACACUGGCCAGCCUAGCUUUAUGGAGGCCUUGAGUAAGAGCAUGCGGACUUCUCCCGCCAAAGAACCCGAGGUCUCGUUCUCAAUGUCAGGAUCCCUACAAGUCGCUCCAGGUGAUGAAGUCGAUGAGAUGAGCUGGAUGCAAGAGGCUCCUGCCCCACGUGAACAGCCUUUUGCCCAGUCACGCCCAUUCCAUUCUAGUACGAACACGGCUUCUAGAUCUAUGCAUAGUCGGCGACAGAGUUUCGAGAUCAGUCUCGUUAGUCCGGAUCGUGCCGAGGAUACUGAAGUCGAAGAAGAACAGCCUGAAGUAGAAGAAGAGGAGGAUGAUGACAUCUGGGCAGUAGAAGCAUCGCGUCCGGCUUCAAACCUGGGCCGUCAACAGUCUUUUGCGAAGCACUCAGUACCGUCUCUUGCCCCGAAGCGAGCAGCUAUUCCUAGACCCUGGCAGAAAUCCGCCGAACCAGUCCCCAAGCAGACGCUGUUCACGCCGGCGGCGGCACGAAACCGAACGUCAGACUUUGCCGAUGGCGAGGUAGAGGAUUUCUCCAUGCUUUCCCAACAACAGAGCCGCCAGAAGCAGAUUCCUCAGAAGGCUUUUGAAGUUGCCCAGAGGUCGUCCGCCAAGAAGGAUCUGGCUGCUUUCUUCUCUUCUCCCAAUCUCUUGCCCGGAGCAGAGGGCGUCAAGGAGAUCUUGGACAAGAAGCGACUGAAUCUCCAAGGAGCUGAUGCUCAACGCCCCGAGCGGGUUGACGCCGGUCUCGAGACGAACUCCAUGUUCCCGUCUAUCCCGCAAAAGGCUUUUGCCCCCUCGGCCAGCGGCCGUUCGGAUCUCUUCUCACCCGCGAAGCCUUCGGCAACCAAGUCUGUCGCUGAUACCUACGAUUACUCGGAUCCCGUAUCGGCAAUCAAGCCGUCUGUUCUGGGGAAGUCGGUCAUGGACACCCGUCGGGAGCUGUUCGGGUCAACAUCGAACCCCCGUAGUAGCAUCAGACACCGGUCCGAGAUCCCAGACUCCCAGCCCAACAUGUCGGACGAGGUAUCCUUCCCCUCCGUGCCCCAAAAGAAGAACUUUACGCCAAACGUGGGGUCCCAAAAGACGACCGCCCAGAACAAUCUCUUGAGCAAGGCCCCCUCAGCGGCGCCGGUGCCCUCCCUGACGCCGGUGCGGAUGCAGCUCACGCGCGCCGAUAUCCAGAAAUGGCAAGAGAGUAGUGCCUCUGCCAUUGCGGAAAGCUCGCCCACCGCCACCGGCGCCGCCACAUCGGAGUCGGAGUCGGAGCACCGCGCCCGCGUUCUCCGCCCACUGCCCGACAGGAACAUGUCCCCUACAAAAUCCUGCCUGCGGUCCCCGCUGAAGCCCCGCACGCCGGGCCGCGUCGUCGAGUUCACGAGCAGCGUCCUCUCGCCGCUCGCGCAGGCGCAGGUCCGCGCUGAGCGGCGGUUAUCUGCUAGUUCGAGUGGGAGCGCCGCUGCUGCGCAACAGCAGCAGCAGCAGCGUAUCGCCGCCAUCAUGGAGGAAGAAGUCAAAGAGAAUGGUGACGUUGUCGGUGCCGAAGCCGAAGCCGUCAUGGAGGAAGAUCAGGAGAUGAACGAGGACAUCUCCAUGACCGACGCACCACAAACGCUCAACGAAACCCAAAAACAAGCACUCCUCGUCCAAGAGCAACAGCAAGAACCCCAACGUCUCUCGCAGACAAUGUGGUCCCGCGACCACUGGCUCCUCCUCGACGACAUCAUCCAGCUCCGCCGCGAGGGUCCCUUUGAUUUCGAGUUCCCCGACGACUUCACGAGCAAGUCGGCCUGGCUCCUCGGCCGGUCCGUCAACUCACACGGCGCCAGCUUGAAGCUGGAGCAGUGGCACCUCGACGUCGUGGACGCGUUCCAGGCCGAGGUGGGUGUGUGGAGCGAGGAGGCGCUUGCCAAGAGGGUGUUUUCGCUUAUUGUUGGGGAGGAGCUCCGGAGGCAGGGAAGGGCGCCCAAGGCUCCUUCGGUGAGGUUUUUGUAA